UUUUUGUUUUCUUCACCUUUUCUUUUUUUUAAAUCUUGCAUCGAGCGUGCUUUUUUCCCGGGACAGCGGGUGAAAGGCGGAACCGAGUGACGUGGCUUUACAGGCGAAUGCGUGCUGUCUGUCCAGUGGGUUACGUUAUGUUCCGUUACCGUGCUGACAUGGUCCUGCUACCGCGUCUGUAAACAUGGAGAGUGCACUGGAAACUGAGGCCGAGACACACCAGCAGCAAACCUCUGCACCCGAGCAGCAGCAGCCCGCUGCCAAUGAGUUCAACUCCUCCUCGCCGUCAUAUUGGCGGCCCGUAUACUGCAUUUAGUUUGAAGUACAGCAAUAGCCACUGAUGAAUAAGCACUUGUGUGUAAACUGAUUUAAUCCAAAGUAACUAUUAAGCAAAUGUCACCCUAAACCGGAUAGGUUACUGGUAUUUUUGAUUGAGAAAUGUGAAGACGGGUUUAGUUCGGACGAGACGAGUCAAGGCACAACAAAAACACAUAGAAGAUACAUCAUUCUUAGUUAUAGCAUUAGUGUUGUGGCUGUCAUGCUCCCAAGUAUGUAUCUCAGUUUUGUAAUGUUAUGAAUGCAGAUAUUUACUGUAUUAAACAUUGAUCUUGUUCAAGUUGUAGUGUAAUUUUCUUGUAAAUAACUUUGAACAGAGGUGUAUUACACACCACUUUACUGUGGCCUUGGAUAUUUUGCAUGAAUGCAGUCCACAUAGUUUCUGCAGCAUUACUCUGCGUCUUUGUGUCCUCUGACUGAUCACAGGGGCCAUGGCCUUCCUCGGGCAUGCAGUUCGCCGUGUGGUGUCGGCAGUGCGGCCUCCUUUCUCUCCCUUGUGCCGGACAACCGCUCGGUCCUACAGCUCGGAGCCCAUCAAGGAAAAAAGUGUUCCCUACGAGAAGACGCUCCAACAAAAGGAUGGAGCCUCCUCUGGACCCACGAAACCCUUACCCAGAUCAGCGGAUGUGGUGGUGAUCGGAGGAGGCAGUCUGGGCUGUCACACCGUCUACCAGCUGGCUAAAAUGGGCAUGACCAACGUAGUUCUGCUGGAGAGAGACCGCUUGACUUCUGGCACCACCUGGCACACCGCAGGCCUGCUGUGGCAGCUCCGUCCGAGUGAUGUUGAGGUCGAGCUCUUGGCCAUCACCAGGAAUAUCGUCAGCAAAGACCUGGAGGAGGAGACGGGUCUCCAUACGGGCUGGAUUCAGAACGGAGGACUCUUCAUUGCCUCCAACAAGCAGAGGCUGGACGAGUACAAGCGCCUCAUGUCGCUGGGUAAAGUUUAUGGUAUCGAGUCCCAUGUCCUGUCACCCGGGGAGACCAAAGACCUGUAUCCUCUGAUGAACGUUGAUGAUCUGUAUGGAACCCUGUAUGUACCAAAAGAUGGCACCAUGGACCCAGCAGGCACCUGCACCACCCUCACCAGAGCUGCCACCGCCAGGGGAGCCAAGGUGAUCGAGAACUGCCCUGUGACCGGUAUCCAAGUGCGGACAGAUGACUUUGGUGUGAAAAGGGUGAAAGCUGUGGAGACCCGUCAUGGGACCAUCGACACGCCUUGUGUGGUGAACUGUGCAGGUGCGUGGGCCACCAAGCUGGGGGAAAUGGCUGGAGUCACGGUCCCCCUUGUUGCCAUGCAUCACGCCUAUGUGGUGACAGAGAGGAUUGAAGGCAUACAGAACAUGCCGAAUGUCAGAGACCAUGAUGCAUCAGUGUACCUGCGCCUCCAAGGUGACGCCCUGUCUGUGGGGGGUUAUGAACCGAACCCCAUCUUCUGGGAUGAGGUGUCUGACAAUUUUGCCUUUAGCCUGUUUGACCUGGACUGGGAUAUAUUCACGCAACACAUUGAGGGAGCCAUCAACAGAAUUCCUGCUCUGGAGCAGACUGGCAUCAAGUCCACUGUCUGUGGACCAGAAUCAUUCACAGCUGACCACAAGCCACUGAUGGGAGAAGCCCCGGAGGUCAGAGGUUUCUUCCUGGGCUGUGGCUUCAACAGUGCUGGCAUGAUGCUGGGAGGUGGUUGUGGUAGAGAGCUGGCCCACUGGAUCAUAAAUGGCCGCCCUGAAAAGGAUAUGUAUGGUUACGACAUCAGGCGUUUCCAUAACUCGCUGACAAGCAACGCCAGCUGGCUCCGAGAGAGGAGCCAUGAGGCGUAUGCUAAAAACUACUCUGUGGUGUUUCCCUUUGAUGAGCCGCUGGCCAGCCGGAACAUGAGGAAGGACCCGUUUCAUCAGGUGCUGACGGAGCAGGGCUGUGUGUUCCAGGAGAGACAUGGCUGGGAAAGACCGGGCUGGUUCAACAAAGACGGGCCCGCUCCUCUUAUAGACUAUGAUUACUACGGGGCUUAUGACAUCAAGAAGAAUGUGAACUACAAAUACAAAGAAUUGCUGGGAAAAGAGUACACGUUUGGCUUCCCUCCACAUCAUGACGUGAUAAAGAGUGAGUGUCUCUCGUGUCGACAUGGCGUGGUGGUGUUUGACAUGUCCUACUUUGGAAAGUUCUAUCUCACUGGACCAGAUGCCAAGAAGGCGGCUGAUUGGCUGUUCACUGCUGAUGUCAACAAGAAGCCAGGCUCCACUGUGUAUACCUGCAUGCUGAAUAAAGGAGGAGGGACUGAGGCCGACCUGACAGUGAGCCGACUGGAGCCUGGUGCUGCCAACCUGCCGCUGGCACCGCAGUCCAACGGUGAUGUGUACUACCUGGCCAUCGGAGGCGGUGUAGCGGAACACAACUGGAACCACAUCAGAACAACUCUUCAGGACCAAGGCUUCCACUGCGAGCUGACAGACCACUCUGAGGACAUGGGGAUGAUCAGCAUCCAGGGACCCAAGAGCCGAGAGGUGCUGCAGGAGGUGUUGGACACAGACCUGAGCAACGACGCGUUCGCCUUCUCUACCCACAAAGUUGUCAACGCAGCAGGGCAUCAGGUGCGAGCUAUGCGUCUGUCAUUUGUCGGAGAGCUCGGCUGGGAGCUGCACAUUCCCAAAGACUCUUGCCUCCCAGUCUACCAUGCUGUCAUGGCUGCCGGUGCAAAGCACGGCAUCAUCAACUCGGGUUACAGGGCCAUCGACUCACUCAGCAUAGAGAAAGGGUACAGACAUUGGCACGCCGACCUUCGCCCAGAUGACACUCCCUUGGAGUCGGGGCUGGGCUUCACCUGCAAACUGAAGAGCUCGAUCCCCUUCCAGGGCCGUGAGCGGCUGGAGAAACAGAAGGAGGAGGGGCUGAGGAGGCGCAUCGUCUGCUUCACCAUUGAAGAGAAAGUACCGAUGUUCGGUCUGGAGGCCAUUUUCCGUAACGGCACUCCUGUUGGUCAGCUGCGGCGCUCUGACUACGGCUUCUUUGUGGACAAAACGAUUGGAUAUGGAUACAUCCGCAACCCUGAUGGAGGAGUGGUGAGUGCCGAUUUCAUAAGGAGCGGCGACUUUACCCUGGAGAGGAUGGGAGUGCUGUACAAGGCCAAGGCCCACCUCAAAUCUCCGUUUGACCCUGAGAAUAAACGUAUCAAGGGCAUCUAUGCUUGAGAAGGACGGCGCACGAGAAAACAGAAGAAAACACACUGGUCAGAGAAUGAAGCUGAGAGAGGUUUCGCAACUGUGAUUUUUGUACUUGCAGAUGCAGUGUUUUUACACUUAACAUGCUGGACUCUGUCACUGCUAUGCAUCUUGAAUGUGAUAAUUUGUUUAAAGAUGAUCUGAAUGUAAUAUAACUGGAGGAGAAGAGAUGGAACAGAUGGUCUGAAAUCUGAAUCAAGAUAUAAAAGGGGCUGAUCUGAA